GCUACUUUCACUUUCUUUUCGUUCUCGGAGGCCAUUUUCUAGGAGUCGCUUGAAGAGCAGGAAGCGCGGAGAACCGCCUGCAGCAGCCCCGGUGUGUACACGGACGAUCGCCGCAGCAGAGGGUCAUGGCGGACACGGGCCCGGCCUACAAUCCCACCACCGUCUCUGACGACACCGGCAAAGCCAACAAGGUCUGCGGCUCCGAGCUGGACCUGAAGCAUUUAGUCCUGAAGCUCGUACAGCUGGUGCUGUCCUUCGUGGCUUUCAUAUGUGAAGAAAUAAUCGAUCAAUGUGACUCCUGUGGAGGCCUGUACUUCUUUGAGUUUGUUAGCUGCAGUGCCUUCUUGCUUUCCAUCCUCAUGUUAAUCGUGUAUUGGACACCUCUAAGGAAAAGAAUUUCCAUUCCAAGCUUCAGGAAAAUUGAUUUCUGGGUUACCGCAGUUGUUGGAGUCUUGUUCCUGAUCGCUUCUAUUGUAUUUGUGGCUACAAUGGACAGUUCGUCACUUGGACAAGUAUCAGUGGCUUUUGGAUUCCUCGCUUCUUUUGCGUUUCUAGCGGAGUUGUGGUUUAUGCAUAAAAGUGGCUACCUGAAGCAAAAUCAGGAGGACCGUUCAACACCCGGCGGAGCAAAUGGCGUGGUUGAGAACCAACCCUUGAACCCACCAGUUCAAGCUUCUGCUUGAUUGCCCAGGACACUGAUUCUGGUGGAGCGCAGUGAGCUAUGCCACAGGCAUAAACCUAUCCGUCAGGAAAUCCAUCCGAUUUUAUGGUCUCUUUUUUUAAAAUUUUUAUUAUCUGUAAAUAUAAUCCACUAUUUUGGAGAUUGCCAUCCAUUAUAACACUAUGUGGAUAUGCAGGAGAACGUUGCCUUUCCAGAUAAUUCCUUUUUUAUUUUAAUUCAUUCCAGAUAAUGGUUCCUUAUAUGCAUGAUGGAUUGCUUCACUUAUUUAUUUACUACCAACGUGAAAAUCAUGAAAUUAGUCUUUUUCGAAUAUUUCUGUGCAUUCUUAGGCUGCCACAAACUACUUUGCUUUGCUACUUUGCUUACUGUGACUAUUCUAUAUUCCAGGAGGUCCACCUUUUAUCAGUAGGGAUGAAAUGAAGUCCCCCAGUUACUUGCUGCAGGUUGUAUUACUGUACAGUAUCAAACACCAUCAGUUCUUUAGAUUUAGGAAGGCCUUUACAGUAGUAGGUUUACUGCAUUAACCCUGCGUUUACUGCAUUAACCCUUCCAUUCUUUAGGUACUGCUGCUGUAUAACGUGAAUGAGCUGCUUUUUGGGUAUCCAUAUGCACUGUGGGGGUCACGCAAGACGUCAAGGCCCAAGGUCGCAGGUGGAACUAAGGGUUCUUUCUAAAACUAUGGGUCACAAGAUAUUAAAAAAGACAUCCCAUUUGGACAGUUCCCUUUAAAAAAAAAAAGUUUCACCCGUUAAGUUGAUCGUAAGGUGUACCUCUGCUGGGACGUAAUUUGUGUGCGGGAAUCCAGCCGCAAGCAUUCAGUUUCCAUGCAGCGCCACCACAGGAAAAGUGAGGCAUUACGCCAUUCCCAUUGGUAUGAAUGAGCUGUCUGUGUAAUGACCCAGGCGUGCUUCGUAGUCACUCUGGCUAAAGGACAAGUCGUGCACAUGGCAGAAUUCCCUAAUUCCCAUUAGUAAUGUAUAUGGCACUUGGAAAUAAAAUUUAGAAGCUGCAGGUUACUAAGGUAUGCUGAAAGCAUUUUUACGCAAGCUAUAUUGGUCUAAUUGUACAUAUAGCGGUUUUUAGCAAAGUUGUCCGUAAAUGUUUUUUUUAAGAGAAAAUGAAGCCUGUUUAAGCAAUGUAACCUUCUUUUAGCCUGGGCUCUCUGGCAGGUGACAUUAUGUGCAUAGAGCAGGAGCUAUCACUGGACCUGCUGUUGAACAGACUGCAUAAAGGGUUUCAUCCAUAUGAUCUAAAACUGUGCAAUACGAAGGUUUGGCUCUAGUGGGAAGGUUGCUCAAAUUAAAGGGCAUUUCUGAGAUUUUAAUAUCCAUGACCGAUCGUUGGGAUAAACUAUCGAUAUAAAAUCGGUGGGGCACAGCCACUGCACAGCCAAAGGGCGGCUCUCCGGUGUUUGA